CAACUGAUUGUAGACUGCAGAGCCGAGUUUCAGAGAGAGUUCAUCGCAUCAUUUUUACCUUCUGUUUUUUUUCCUAAUCUCUCUCUUGCAGUUGGCGUUUUCUUGCCGUUUCUGAUGUGAAACUAGUCAAAAUAUCGAUAAAAGCCGUUUGGAUUGAUCGGGAUUCUGAUAUUUUUGGAUCCGUGUCAAAACGAGAAUCGCAUUUCGAAGCUUCGGAUUCGGUUAUUCUAGGGUUUCGAAGACAGAAACGGCGGAAACUAUCGUCAGGAGCGAGCUGAUCCCGUUUGUUCCGCUUCUGGAGCUGCUCUUUUCGUUAGUUCAGCAAUUAUCGGGCUCGAUUUGGAGGAUUUCGAGCGAAAUUCGCGUUUUCUUCUUCUGCAGAGCUUCGGUUUGGAAUGAUCUGAUCUUGUUCAUCUCCAUCGGGAGCUGCUGCUUUUUCUCGACGUUUUCAACGGUUUUGAGGAUCGAUAUGUAGGCUCCUGAACGAGCAUAGUGUUUUCUUCGUCGGAAGAACUUCGGAAUAGAAGAUUUUGGAUUUCGAAAUGGAAAACGGUGAAAAUGCCGUUUGGAACGGAUCUGAUCUCGUUUCUCUCUAUUGGUAGCUGCUCUUUUUGGUAAUUUCGGUAAUUUCUCGUAAACGACGAGCUAUCUUCUUUUCUAGGUAUGGAAAGAAUGUCAGUAAUGUGCUGGAUUUGAUGCGUUUCGGUGCUUUCCCUUGUGAAAAUCGAGUUUCGUCAGCUAAACUUUGGAAAUGCAGUUGAAAUGAGUGGAUUUGGAAGAUUUCGGCGCUCGAUUUGAAAGUUUUUGCUCAACGUUUGAAGUUUCUGAAGUAAGUCGGUUGAAGAUUCUUGAAUUGGACUGCAAUGCGUCCAUCAUGUUCAUCCGAAGCCCUUUUUUGCUCGAUUUACCAUUUCGAUCCUUUGCUUUGAAGGUCCUGAGCUCAUUCCUGUAGGAAUCGAGCGAUUCUAUUCCGUUCUGAUCCGAAAUCUGUUCAUUUACUGGGAUUGAAGCUGUUUAUUUUAUCAUAGGGUUUUGACUCUUUGAUUUGAAAGCUUGAAAGGUUAUUACUGUGGAAGAUAGUGAGAUCUGCUUUAGCUGUGUCGUUUUCCCUCAGCGAUCAGUUGUACAUUCCCAAGAACACUGUUCUGAUACUUUUGCUUUAGAGCUUUCAAAGCUACUCGAUUAAAGAGACUAUGGUUUGGCCUCAAUUGCUUGCUUUCAAGCCCUAGAAUCUCUCCUUUGAGGGUUUUCAAAAGAGAGGUAUUAUUGUCUGUAGGAGGAAAAGAAGAAGGUUUUUGGAAGGUAGUAUUCGAUUAGAAAGGGAAAAGGAAAGGGUUGCAGUAAAAAAGUGACAAGAAAAGAGAAAAGAGCGUUUGGCUAGGCAAAAUUUACUGCACGUUUGAAAGCUCUCGUCUAUCUGCUCUUGGAUUCUUUCUCUGCUGCCUCAGAAAGAAAUUGAGUGUUGUGGGAUGGGUAUGGAAGAUUGGGUUUGGUGAAGGAAGUGGUCGGAAUUCGUGAGUGCCAUGAAUACUGAUCUGCAACAGAAGCGUGGGAAGCAGGAUAAAGGUUCAGAUGUUGCGGAGAAGGUCGUUGUUGCCGUUAAGGCUUCCAGGGAAAUUCCAAGGACUGCACUUGUGUGGGCUUUAACUCAUGUUGUUCAGCCUGGGGAUUGCAUCACGUUGCUGGUUGUUCUCCCAUCGCAUGGGUCAGGUAGAAAACUAUGGGGUUUUCCGAGAUUUGCGGGAGACUGUGGCAGUGGCCACAGAAGGUCUUACACAGGAACUACUUCGGAGCAGAAGUGUGAUAUUACAGAUUCCUGUUCUCAGAUGAUGCUUCAGCUCCAUGACGUUUAUGACCCAAAUAAGAUCAAUGUAAAGAUAAAGAUCGUGUCUGGAUCGCCAAGCGGAGUUGUGGCUGCAGAAUCCAAGAGAGCCAAAGCAAACUGGGUUGUCUUGGACAAACAGCUGAAGCAGGAGGAGAAAAGGUGCCUGGAAGAGCUGCAAUGUAACAUUGUGGUUAUGAAACGUUCACAACCUAAAGUUCUCCGCUUGAAUUUGGUAGGAUCAUCUAAAAUGGAACCUGAAGUGGCCUGCACUUUGCCUCCUGAGUUAGAAGUGUCUGAAAAAACUGCAAAAGAUGUCAGUGAUCAACUGAACUCCAUUCGAGGGCCAGUCGUGACUCCAACUAGCAGCCCGGAGCUAGGGACACCAUUCACUGCAACAGAAGCUGGGACAUCCUCGGUAUCAAGCUCAGAUCCUGGAACUUCUCCAUUUUUCAUCUCUGAAAUAAAUGGAGAUAUCAAGAAAGAGGAGUCAAUAAUCUCGAAGGAAAUUCAGAAUUUGGAUGCAACCAGUUCUGACACCGACAGUGAAGACUUGGGCCAUUCAACGAGCCUAGACUUUCAGCCAUGGAUGGCCGAGAUUCUGAGUACUGGACGCCUUUCAAAACAUGUUGAGGAAAGCUCACCAAGGCACAUUGAUAAUGUUCAGAGUUCCACGGCAAAAGCUUUGCUGGAGAAAUUCUCUAAGCUUGAUCGAGAAGCUGGUAUUGGCAUGCUGAACUAUAGAGCAGACCUGGAAUUCAGUGGAAAUGUUAGAGAAGCAAUUUCACUCUCCAGAAAUGCACCUUCUGGCCCACCUCCACUUUGUUCAAUCUGUCAGCACAAGGCACCUGUGUUUGGAAAACCUCCAAGGUGGUUUAGCUAUGCUGAGCUGGAGCUUGCAACGGGUGGGUUUUCGCAGGCAAAUUUCCUGGCUGAAGGAGGGUUUGGAUCAGUUCAUAGAGGGGUCUUACCUGAUGGCCAGGCAGUUGCAGUCAAGCAACACAAACUGGCUAGUUCUCAGGGGGAUCUUGAGUUCUGCUCGGAGGUGGAAGUUCUCAGCUGUGCACAGCACCGGAAUGUUGUCAUGUUGAUUGGUUUCUGUGUUGAGGAUAGGAGAAGGUUGCUGGUUUAUGAAUAUAUCUGCAAUGGGUCACUGGAUGCUCAUCUUUAUGGACGUAACCAAGAUCCUUUAACAUGGUCUGCACGACAAAAAAUUGCAGUGGGAGCUGCUCGAGGUUUACGAUACCUUCAUGAAGAAUGUAGAGUUGGCUGCAUUGUCCAUCGGGAUAUGAGGCCAAACAAUAUCCUCAUAACCCAUGACUUUGAACCACUGGUGGGAGAUUUCGGCUUGGCGAGGUGGCAGCCGGAUGGAGACCUGGGUGUGGAAACACGAGUUAUCGGAACCUUUGGGUACUUGGCACCAGAAUACGCGCAAAGUGGCCAAAUUACAGAGAAAGCUGAUGUGUAUUCCUUUGGAGUUGUCUUGAUUGAGCUUGUUACGGGGCGGAAAGCCGUGGACAUUAACCGGCCCAAGGGCCAGCAAUGCCUGACUGAAUGGGCCCGCCCAUUACUGGAAGAAUAUGCAAUCGAUGAACUGGUGGACCCACAACUUGGAAACUGCUAUUUAGAAAAUGAGGUUUAUUGCAUGCUACAUGCUGCAUCAUUGUGCAUUCGGCGUGACCCCCAUUCAAGGCCACGCAUGUCUCAGGUACUUCGCAUAUUGGAGGGAGAUAUGGUUAUGGACUCCAAUUAUGUUUCAACGCCGGGAUAUGAACCUGGAAGCAGGAGUGGGAGGAUAUGGCUGGAGCAGCAGCAUCAGCAAUACAAUGGUCUUAUCAUGAAUGAAGCAUCAGAGGGGUUGGCAGGGAAACUCUCCUACGAGGCUCUAAAAGCAGCUUACUGGGAGAGGGAAAGGGAGAAAGCGAGGCGGGCCUCAUGUGAUGACGAUCUGUAAAACCAAGGUAGAUGCAUGCAAUGUGUGGAGGAUGUGAAAUUCUUCUUUGCAUUUGAUGUGUUCUCCUUCAUCUGGUUCCUUUUUUUCUUUUUCCCUUCUUUUUUCUUUUUACGUUCUAGAGUUUUGGUUGUACAGUAGUAAGCAUCAUAGGGUUUGUUGCAUUCAUUUGGAAGGGAACUGUCAUCUAGCAAUGUAGAACUCCGGUUGAUCAUUUGUGAAUGAAUUGGAAGCUGUUUGAUCUCUUGGAUGGAUGAUCCAACCGCACGUAUGGUCAUCAGAAAAUCAUCCAUCCUCAUGGAUCAUAAUAAGAAAUGAUCAGAAUCCGGGCUUUGUUUGACAGCUUGUAAAUGGAGGUAAAUGGGAAAUGGAAUUAUAGGUAAAUGACUU